GUGACCGAUUUUUUCUUUUCUUUCUCGCCAACACACCAAAGAAAGCGAAAGGAAGGUCGCUAGCCGAUACCACCAACCAAUCCGUCAUUAAAGUAUGGCGUCACCAUGUCCAUAUAUAUUAGUGCCGCAGAGUCCAGUCCAGGUAAGAAGAAACUUUGAAAAUGGCGAGCCUCAGAGUUCCAGCUUCUGUUCCUUCUCCCGCUGAGGAUUCCGAGCAACUCCGAAAGGCUUUUGCAGGAUGGGGAACAAACGAGGCACUCAUAAUUCAGAUAUUGGCUCACAGGAUUGCUGAACAGCGCAAGUCAAUCCGCGAUAUCUAUGCCUCAACCUAUAAUGAGGAUCUUCUUAAGGACUUGGACUCUGAACUUUCAAGUGACUUUCAGCGUGCUGUCCUGCUAUGGACGUUGGAGCCUGCGGAGCGAGAUGCAUACCUGGUUAACGAAGCCACAAAACGCCUAACUUCUAGCAACCGGGUUAUAAUGGAAAUUGCUUGCACUAGGUCUUCUCGUGAUCUCUUCAAGGUCAGGCAGAAGUACCAUGAACGCUUCAAGAAAUCACUUGAAGAAGAUGUUGCAUAUCACACAUCUGGGGACAUUAGGAAGCUAUUGGUUCCAUUGGUGAGUGUAUUCAGGUAUGAGGGAGAUGAGGUGAACAUGACAUUGGCUAGAAAAGAGGCUAACAUACUUCAUGAAAAGAUCUCUGAAAAGGCUUAUAGUGAUGAGGAACUUCUUAGGGUCCUCACUACUAGGAGUAAAGCACAGCUGAAUGCAACCCUGAAUCAUUACAACGAUCAUUUCGGGAACCCAAUCAACAAGGAUCUGAAGGCGGAUCCUAAAGAUGAGUACCUCGCGUUACUAAGAGCAGCGAUCAAGUGCAUGACAUACCCUGACAAGUACUUUGAGAAGGUUCUUCGGAUGGCAAUCAAAGGGCUGGGAACAGACGAAUGGGCUCUCACAAGAGUUGUGACGACAAGAGCUGAGGUUGACAUGGAGUCUAUCAAAAAUGAAUAUCAUAAACGGAACAGCAUUCCUCUGGAGCGUGCGAUUGCUGGAGACACCUCUGGGGACUAUGAAAGGAUGCUUCUGGCUUUGAUCGGCCACGACGACGCGUGAGCAAAUCAUCUUAUUCCCCCUUUUCCUGAAACUGUUUUCUCUUCUUGGACUUGUUGGUGUGCUGCAUUUCUGAUCCUUGCUGGUUAUUUUGCACCUCUCACUUUUGUUUCGAAAAUAAAACUGAGUCGGACUUCAAUUUUACUUGAAUUUCACUAAGCACUUUGAAGUGAUUAUGCAGAAAAUACAUACUUUUCUAAAAAAAAGUUUUUUUUUUU